CAGGGAGGAGCCGUCAGACCCGGAAGCGGCGCCCAGAGCCCGAGCGGUUCGGCCGGGGCCCGCGCCAGCCGGAGCCGGAGCCGGAGCCGGAGCCGGAGCCGGAUCAGGGUCCGGGCCAAGAUCCGGAGCGGGAUCCGGAGCGGGAGCAGGAUGAGCACGGAGCCGGCAGCGCCCCCUGCUGGAGGGGCCGUGACCGGCAGCGGCGUGCGGCUCGUGGUGGAGUAUUGCGAGCCUUGCGGCUUUGAGGCCACGUACCUGGAGCUGGCCAGCGCUGUGAAGGAAGAGUAUCCGGACAUCGACAUCCAGCCCCGCCCUGGAGGAGGCACAGGAGCCUUUGAGAUCGAAAUCAACGGUCAGUUGGUCUUCUCCAAGCUGGAGAACGGAGGAUUCCCCUACGAGAAGGAUCUCAUGGAGGCCAUCCGCCGGGCCAGCCUCGGGGAGCCCUUGGAGAAGAUCACCAAUAGCCGGCCUCCCUGCAGCAUCCUGUGACUGGGCCCCGGGCCUGUUUCCCGCCGUUCUUAUUGACAAUGUGUAGCACCCCUCCGGCCGGGGGCGGGGGGGAUCCAGGCCCGUCUCCCCGCCCUCUGAAGGGGGAACUUGGAUAAGAGGGCUCCUCAGCCAAUUUACCCCCCCCCCCCGCAGAAGUGCCUGCCCUCCCACGGUCCCGAGGUGCCCUCUGACCUUUAAUUUUAAGAGGAAUCUUUGGAGCACCCAGCAAUAAAGCCACACUACAGCCCCCA